AUGGUGGGCAAACAGCCCAAGGGCAAACGCCUCAAACCUCUGGUUGCUGAGUUUCGCAAUCUUGUUACGCUGCAGGGUGACCCAGGUGUCCUUCCUCUAGGCAAGCUUGCUGCCCAGUGGGAAGCUGCAACCACAAGCUACCAGCAGGACCUCUCUGCUGCCUCUGUUCCUUCGGUUGACCGCACUUAUGGAAUUCCGUGGUCCCCGACCGAGUUUCGUUCGGAGGCCCUGAAACAGGGACACCCCAAGCGCCUCGAGUGUGGCGUGCCCGAUCCCCUUAAGGUUGUGGUUGAUAAGAUAGUCUCGACCUCCUAUGCUGACAUUGCCAAGGAUCGCACUCAAGCCAUGAGGAAGUGGCUUCUUCGAGCCUGUGAGUUAAAGGAUCUGGAGCCUCCAUUUCCUACACCUGAUCAUUGCCGUGCUGUUCUCAAGAACAAAUCCAUGCCGCUUUUUGCAGAGAUGCUUGAAGCUGCCAAUUACCCCGACAAGGAUCUAGUCAGGACUAUGUGCUCUGGCUUCCAUCUCCUUGGCCAGAUCCCUGCCUCGGGAGUUCUUCCCGAGAAGCACACGGACGCACUGCUCACCAUCGACGAGGUUCGUAGCCUGACUCCCGAGGUUCGCAGUGCGAUUUUGCAUCAGCGUGAUGAUGGCAAAGAUUUAGAAAUCUUGACUGCGGUGCAUAAGCUUACCUUGGAGGAAAGGGACAGGGGCUGGCUUCGUGGCCCCCUUAAAGCCUCCGAGAUACCGAGUGACUCUGUGGUCACCAGGCGAUUUGGGAUCAAACAAUCAAGCACUGAUGUCGACAAGGGUAAAGUGACCAAGAUCAGGCCGAUCGACGAUUACACACAAUCGCUGGCCAACCUUACGUGCGGCUCUACGGAGACAAUCUCCCCCCAUGGGGUAGAUGUCAUAUGUGCUGGCAUUUCCUACAGGAUUCGGCGUGGUCGUCAACUUGGCUUCAAGGAGCGGCUGGUCAGUCGAGCGAUUGAUCUUCGCAAGGCGUAUAAGAAUCUUCCGCUCUCCACGGCAGCGCUCCGCGAUUCUUAUUUGGCUGUGCUUUUCCCUGCAACAUCUCAAUAUGAAUUCUUUCAGGCCUUGGUAUUGCCCUUCGGGGCCCGACCUGCUGUACAGGGGUUUUAUCGUGUGGCUUCGGCCAUAUGGUAUCUUGCCCUGGUCUUCUUUGACCUUCAUUGGACGCAGUUCUAUGAUGAUUACUUCUUGAUUGCUGGGGAGGCCGAGGGACCACAUGUCAACCUCAUCCAGGAGUCCUUUUACGCCCUCUUGGGCUGGGAAACGGCCUCCGAAAAGGAUUGCGGGUUUGGGUUUGUCACCCGCGCGCUUGGAGUACAGAUUGAUCUUUCAGAUUGCCAUUUUGGAUUGGUCAAACUGAGCAACACGAUGUCAAGGCGACGUGAGCUUGAACUGGCCAUAAACGAAAUUCUGGAGAGCUCUUCAGUCCCUGGCUCAGUGCUUACCUCUCUUCGUGGUCGAUUGUGCUCUUUUGCGACAAUCAGAUUUUUGGCCGGAUGGCAAGCGUUCAGCUUCGAAUUCUCUCGAGCUAUUGUGAUCGCAGAGGACAGGAUUGUGCGCUGCUCCUUCCGAAAUUGUUUUCAUGUCUACUCGGAUGCUUCCUACGAGCCGAGUGCGGGUGGUGUUGGUGCCCUCGCUUACAACUCCCAAGGUCUGCUCUUGAGCUGGUUUGGUGAGGAGCUUUCGCAGGACGUGAUGGCCAUUAUCAAUCCAGAGGAAAAAUGCACUCUCAUUUACGAGCUGGAAACAUAUGCUGCAGUGAUGAGUCUUGUGCGGCUAGGUCGAUUGUGGCGGGACUCGGAUGUGAUCCUCUUUCUCGAUAACGAAGCCUCGCUGGCCACUCUCAUCAAUGGUAGAUCUGACUCUUUUUUCGUGCAAAGGCUCCUCAACACUCUUUUCGAGUGGGAGUGCGAAUCCAGAUGUAAUGUCUGGUUUGAGCGCGUGCCCAGCGCUAGCAAUCCAGCAGACGAUCCAUCUAGACUCAUCUUUCCGAUGCAAUCCGGACUUCGUGCAAGGCUUGACGCCAAGAGCGACUUCGUGCUUCACGCCGUCGGGGAGCCAGUGCUGGUGGACGGGAUGUGGGUUGGCAUCAGCGAGCACAACGGCACGGAUUGGAUGAUGACCGAGUUCGGGGCAGUGCAAGCUACAUCGGCGCGGCGCGCAAGCAAGGAAAUGCAGCUACCAACCAAGGAGCUUUUGGCUAAGUACCACGGCCUGCCGUGGGAAAAGACCACUGUGGAGAAAAAGCGGCGCAAACGAGCACCAGUCCUUCCUGUGGCCGCUCCUCUUGCUGAUCCCGGUGGUGCCCCUGACCUUGCCGCGCCGUUGGGCAACGCAGCAGCUGAUGCCGAGCAGCAAGGAGAUGUGCAAGCAGCCGGUGGAGAUGAAGCAGCCUCGGACCCCUCUUCUUCGUCCGAGGAGCUUAUGGCUGAUGAUGGUGGCACCCCGGCCGCCGAGCGCAAAGCUGAGGAGGUUGGCCUUGACGACGCAGAUCGUGCCAAUGCAGCGGCCAUUCCGAGCCCAUGGUGCGCGCGAUCGAGACCGUUGACGCAGAUUGGUUCGAAGCCGGCGCUGGGAUCAUUGAGCCCAGCGGCCCCAGCCGAGCUUGAGGUGCUGGACCACGAGGCCGAGCGCUACGAAACAGAGCGCCUAAAGCUCAUGGGUGUCCUCCGCGAGCCCACCCACGAGCUGAACUACUACGAGAAGCUCACCGUGACCUUUGUGCACAAGUGGAAGCACGGCGGUGAGAAGGAAGGAGUGGAACACGCCUAUAUGGAUAUGCGAUGUGAAAGACGCAUAUUUAAACGUGGAGCAGCCCCCGACGAGCCGGUGGUGGUGCUGAUUGGCGACCACUACUUCGAGCUUGGUCGCGUGCUCCCCGGACAACGUCGUGGCGCACAGGUGUGGCGGCGGCAGCUGCAAGGAGACCUCAGCGAGUGCAACAUGGAGGGCCUCCCUGAGGUGCCCGCUUUGCUUCGCAGCCUUGAGGGCCGACAGGCCACCCAGGAUAAGUACGAGAUGAAGGUGCAGGGCCCCUUCGGCUCCCCGGGCGAUGAGUGGAACUUCUUGAACCGUCGGUACACCAUUGAGGAGGAUUUUUCCAUUACGGUGCGGCCCGAUGCGAAGUUCUACAUCGACAUCAAUGAGAUGCUGGGGCACCCACGUGCCCGCUCCACUCCCGGACCGGGUGGAGGCGACAGCUUGUUCAACGUGGACACCACCAAGCCCUUGGACAGUGCAGACUCCCGGCUGUUCCGGACCAUGGUCGGAAAGCUCUUGUACCUGAGCAACGAGCGGCCUGAUGCCCAGGUGGUGAUACAGUACCUGGCCUCCAAGUCGAGCUGCCCCACGGAGCAGUCGAUGAAGAUCCUCAAGCACCUGGCUGGCUACUUGUAUGCCACCCGAGACUAUGGCGUGAACUUAAAGAACCGAGCUGGUGCGUCGAUCCUCCGGGGCAACCACAUCAACCACGACCCGGUUUGCAACGCCUUGGUGGAGGCCGUCAGCGACAGCAACUUUGCGAACGACCGCGAGACCCGCCGAAGUUUGUCUUCAGGGCAGGUCUACCUCAACUGCGCGUUGGUGUACAGUUUCGUGAGGAACAUGAAGGUCGUCACUCUGUCGAGUGGCGAAGCAGAGCUUGUGGCACUGACGCAGACGGUCUCGGAAGCAGUGCUCAUCAAGAAGGCUUGGGCUUUCAUCUUUGACGGCCCGGUGGACAUGAUCGCCCGCACUGACUCAAGUGUGGCACGGGCAAUCGCCCAAAGAGCAGGCGUCGGUAGAGUACGUCACCUGCAGACUUCAUGCCUAUGGAUACAAAUGUGGACAGCCUCUAAAGAGCUCAAGGUCCUGGCCAUUCCCACCGAGACCAACCCAGCUGAUGCUGGAACAAAGGUACUUACCGGAGCACGGCUCAAGAAGCUAUGCGGCUUGAUGGGCAUGGUGGAUGGCAGCGGCAACUUGAUCAAGGACGACACCAACCACAAGGCCAAAGCUGGAAAUGCGAUCAAGGUGCUCAUGGUGGGGAAUUCGGCUGCCACCUGGUCGUGGACCGCUCAUAG